AUAGGGUUAACUCCUGGCACCCAGCGUUCAUCCAAUCAGAUUAACUCUGGCGGCUGCAUCCGGAACCACUUGAAUGAACCAGAGCAUCAUUCACUGCAAGACGUUUUUCUGAUAGUGAGCAGUUCAGCAUGGGACGCAGAAAGUCGAAGAGGAAGCCGCCACCCAAGAAGAAGCUGACUGGGAACCUGGACACCCAGUUCACCUGCCCCUUCUGUAACCACGAGAAGUCCUGCGAUGUCAAAAUGGAACGGACUCGAAAUACGGGAAUCAUAUCAUGCACAGUCUGCUUGGAGGAGUUCCAGACCCCUAUUACUUACCUUUCGGAAGCAGUGGACGUGUACAGCGAUUGGAUCGAUGCUUGUGAAGCAGCCAAUCAGUAGCAGUGGUUUCCAGUGACACACUUACCCUUGCAAACAUUCCACUUGACUCAUUUGUCGACCCAGCAACCAUGGUUCCUUUUAUAUCACUUGUUUAGUUGUAUCUUUUUUAGCUUUGAGAAGCUCCAAACAUUUAUCUGGCAGGGUGAGUGGUCGGGCUAACCGUCUAAAGGGAUCAUGUUAUGUUUAUAUCACACAAUGUGGACCUUGCAACAUCCUUACCUUUGUAUCCUGUCCAUUUGGGUCGAGUCAUCUGUGUAGUUUUUCCUUAUCGAUCCAGGGGUGAAACAAUUGUGUUCAUUCCUCAGUGAGUAGGAGGUAUUUGGGUUUCAUGUUGUACGAGGUAUACAAAUGCUAACACUCUCCGAACUACUUUGAUGUCAUUUGUUUUAUCCCUAUGGCCCAUUCCGUUAUAUCUUUAGCAUAGAUUAGUGCUUCAUAUUUUUACUCCAUCAAGUGUUAUUCUGAAUUUUAUUUUGUACUUUUAUGUUGUGUUAAUUUUGCCUGUAUGGAAGAUUACAAUCAUGCCAUUUGUAUGAGAAACGUAACUCUGAGAAUAAAAUUUGGAGGCUAAACUUUGAAGUCUGUUUUAGUUUGGGUAAUUAUCCAUAAGAUAACAUUUCGUAAUUUGAUUAAAACCUACAUGUUUACUUUAUGGGAAAUCUCCCUUUGCUGGCUGCCUGUAGCAGUCUUCAUCGUGUGUACAUUGUAGAUAUAGGUGUUCACGGUGGUCUCUAGGUCUGCACCCACCCAUAUCGCAUCAUGGAAAACAUUCCCAGUCAGACUCUUCUCAUGAGUGGAAACAUCCAGAUACCGACUACAUUAUCCCUCCCCUUCUUCAGGAGUCUUCUGUGUACCCUCGUCUUCCUCGGUUUGCUCAUAUCUUCUCUUGA